AUGAGCGAAGACGCCAUCAAGCGCGCGAAGCCCGAGUUCGGGGAUGAGCACGAGUCCCCCCUGCAAAAGAAGGUUAAGAAGGAACAUUACAAUUAUGAAAACCACUCCAAGGGGUUCCUGAUUGACAAGGCGACCUACACGCAGCAGUACUGCGAAAUUUAUAGCGCGAGGACGAAGGCCAUGAAGGGGCUGCUGGUGAGGACGGUGGAGAGGUUAGGCGCAGGUAGCGGUUGGGCCAAGGAUCACAUAAACGGUCAGAUAAACGGUAAGGUAAAGUUAGAGCUGGACUAUGGAGUUAAGCGCGAAGGUGAGGAGGACCAUAAGGGUCACGCAGGGGGCGGUGACGACGAGUAUCCGCUGCUGCACUACCUAAAGGAAAUUAAGACGAACGAAAACUGCUACUGCAUAGGCACGUUGUUCAAAAAAAUGGAUCUGAGGCCCUCCAUCCUAAAUGAAUACAUCAGCGCAAUUAAUGAGGGGGAAGACGUGGUGGUAAAUUACUCGAAUGACGAAGAUGUCCUAUUCCUGGAGGAUGAAACAGCAAGGUUAAAGUUGGAAGGAAAUAUAAACAGCGACCAUUAUGUGACUGGGCUGACUGUCAUUAUAAAAGGGAGGGCCAUGAGCAAUGGCUCUUUAUAUGUGGACGAGCUCAUUUAUGCGUAUGUACCAAAGUUACAAGUUCCGAGGUGCAUUAGUGAUGACGACAAAUAUAUCAUGUUCGUGUCGGGGCUGUGUAUAACGGAACAAAACGGAAAUGCACAUAGUACCUCUCUAUUGAAGGAUUUCAUUUUGGGAUUAUAUGGAGACAAAAAUGUAGCAGAGAAGCUAAUCAGAGUAGUUAUUAUUGGUAACAGUCUUCGAAAUAUUAAUAACGACGAGAAAGACAUGAAAACCGUUGAUGCGUUUCUUGCUUCUCUCUGUCCAGCUGUGUACGUGGAUUUAAUGCCUGGUGAAAAUGACCCCACUGAUGCCAUUCUACCCCAACAACCAUUUCCUAACUUAUUUUUUAAGACUGCCAAAAGUUACAAUUCCUUUCAGUGCGUAACGAACCCGUACCUUUUCUCCGUCGAUAAUGUAAACGUAUGUUGUAUGUCCGGUGAACCUGUUAACAAUAUCGUUUCUUAUUCAAAAAAUUCUCCACUGGAUGCUCUGAAAAUGAUUGCCAAGAGUCGUAUUUUAUCUCCUACCUGCCCAGACACUCUUGGGUGUUAUCCGUUCAUAGGGAAGGACCCGUUUUGUUUACAGGACGAUGACAAAUACCCCCACAUUUUUGUUAACGGGAAUUGUGCGCAGCUCGAGGUGCAGCACAUGCACGGUGAAAAUACCCUGCCCCUGCUGGUAUGCCUUCCGAGCUUCGACAUCACUCCCAAGGCGGUGCUCGUAAACAUCAAGAAUAUGCAGCACGUAACGUUGACCUUCGACGUGGGCAAGUAG